AAAGGGAAGAAAAAAAAAUCCCUCCCCGGCGGCGGCGGCGGCGGCGGCGGUGGCGGCCCGGCUGAGGUGCUGGGGCGGCAGCUGCGUGGCGGCCGCCUCCUUCGUCCGCCGCCGCCUCGGCGCUCGCCCGCCCGCGCGCGCCCGCCGGCCGGACGGCCAUGGCAGGAGCCGGAGGCGGCGGCUGCCCCGCUAGCGGCAACGACUUGCAGUGGUGUUUCUCGCAGGUCAAGGGGGCCAUCGACGAGGACGUGGCGGAAGCUGACAUUAUCUCAACUGUUGAAUUUAAUUACUCUGGAGAUCUUCUUGCAACAGGAGACAAGGGCGGCAGAGUUGUUAUUUUUCAGCGGGAACAAGAGAAUAAAAGCCACCCUCAUUCUAGGGGAGAAUAUAAUGUUUACAGUACCUUUCAAAGUCAUGAACCAGAGUUUGACUAUUUGAAAAGUCUAGAAAUUGAGGAAAAAAUUAAUAAAAUUAGGUGGUUACCGCAACAGAAUGCUGCUCAUUUUCUACUCUCUACAAAUGAUAAAACUAUUAAAUUAUGGAAAAUAAGUGAACGGGAUAAAAGAGCAGAAGGUUAUAACUUGAAAGAUGAAGAUGGACGACUUCGAGACCCAUUUAGAAUUACAGCACUGCGGGUCCCAAUAUUGAAGCCCAUGGACCUCAUGGUAGAAGCAAGUCCACGACGAAUUUUUGCAAAUGCUCACACAUACCAUAUAAAUUCCAUUUCCGUAAACAGUGAUCAUGAAACGUAUCUUUCUGCAGAUGACCUGAGAAUUAAUCUGUGGCAUUUAGAGAUCACAGAUAGAAGCUUUAACAUCGUGGACAUUAAGCCCGCGAACAUGGAGGAGCUGACGGAGGUGAUCACCGCAGCGGAGUUCCACCCACACCAGUGCAACGUGUUUGUGUACAGCAGCAGCAAGGGGACCAUCCGGCUGUGUGACAUGCGAUCCUCGGCCCUGUGCGACCGACACUCGAAGUUUUUUGAAGAACCUGAAGAUCCCAGCAGUAGGUCUUUCUUCUCAGAAAUAAUUUCCUCCAUCUCCGAUGUGAAAUUCAGCCAUAGUGGUCGGUACAUGAUGACCCGAGACUACCUGUCGGUGAAGGUCUGGGAUCUGAACAUGGAAAACCGGCCCGUCGAGACCCACCAGGUCCACGAGUACCUUCGAAGCAAGCUGUGUUCUCUGUACGAAAAUGACUGCAUCUUCGACAAAUUUGAAUGCUGCUGGAACGGUCCAGACAGUGCGAUCAUGACGGGGUCCUACAACAACUUCUUCAGGAUGUUUGACAGAAACACAAGGAGGGACGUGACCCUGGAAGCUUCCAGAGAGAACAGCAAGCCUCGAGCCAGUUUGAAGCCUCGGAGAGUGUGUCCAGGCGGGAAGAGGAAGAAGGACGAGAUCAGUGUGGAUAGUCUGGACUUCAAUAAGAAGAUUCUGCACACAGCUUGGCACCCCACUGACAACAUUAUUGCUGUGGCUGCCACCAACAACCUGUAUAUAUUCCAGGACAAAGUCAACUAGCAAGUGUGAGAGCGCAUCUCAUCCUGCGAAGCUAAGCCUGUGGUUUCUGUUGUGGAAGGGGUGUCCUCUCCGUGGAUCGCAGGGUGCACACCUUGUUCCCUUCCUAGACUGGAACUGCAUACACACAGCCAGGGAGGCUGUGGGGAGUCGCUGCACAAGCAAAGAACUUGGUCGGUGCAGACUGAUGGACAGCUCAAUAAAGGCCAUUACUCACAAUAAAUGUAUUUAUUUAAAUCUGAGCCGUCCUUUCCAGUUUAUAGACCAAAAAAUGAACACCCAGCAGAAAACUUGUCCUGUAUCACUCUCUCGUCCCUCUGCCAUCUGAUGAGGGCUCUCGUGCUACUGUACCAACCGCCCGGGGGCCACUGGCCAAAUGCUCAGGCAGCUUGACCUCCCACAUGCCUGUAUCUUCCAUCACACCUUCUGGUGUAACCACCUAAUAAAAGCAACACACUAUACAAAGUGUUUUUAAUCCAAA